AUGGUAUUAGAGCACAGACACAGCACCUAUGCCGCCGCACUCUCCGGCGUCGGCAACACUAAUCAGGAAGCACAAGCCGCUAUUCCAAUCACUCAAACUCUGAUGCAAGCAGCUUCCGACGCGAUUCCGCAGGGGAAUCUAUCCAGUCAGACGCCAAGUAGCUUCCAAGCGAAUUCUAUGCAGGGAGGAAGUGGGGUUCAUGUAGCACACUUUUCUUUCCUCGCAACAUUUAACUUGUUGGGAAACCUAUUUCUCUCUCACGAUUUGGUAGAUCUUAUGUCAGAUAAAGCUUCAAAGUUUUUCAAUGCCUUGACAGGCGUCGCACAGUGGUUUGGCACUCCAAACAUUUCAGACAUAUUCCCAGGUCUUAGGUGGCUAGACUUGCAGAGUUUAAAAAGGAAGGCUGAUAGAGAUGUGAGAACAACACUGAAAAUUGUUUCUACACUUGUGAAGGAACGCAUGAACGAAGACAGACGGGAGAGUGGAAAGAGGCAAGAAAGUCGAGAACCCGCCGGAUUCCCUCGCCGUCGCAGCCUUCCCCUUUCCUCGCUGCGUGCUGGACAGAAGUGA